UCAGCGCUGCAGGCCGCUGCCGCCAUGGCGGUGCCGGAGCUGCGGCGGGUGUAUCGGCAGGCGUGGGAGCCCGUGUUCGCCAGGGCGCGCCGGGCCAUCGUCUUCCUAGAUGCGGCGUCCGCCGAGGCACUGCACUGGGGCGGCGGUGGGGCGGGCAAGCUGCUGGCGGCGGGGGCGCUGGCCGUCAGGGCAUUGCCUGCUGCGGCGGCUGCGGCGGCGGACCGUGUGGUUUUCGUAGUGAGCGGCGCGCUGCGGGGCGGCACGGCCAGUGCCGUGCGCGGCGUGUUGGGCCACGGCGCCGUGCGGCACUGCGUGCUGGUGUCCGGCGGCGAGGCGGAGGGCGGCGGCCUGGCUGAGAUGGAGGAAACUCUGCGGCGGUGGAUGGGCGAGAGUGGCCACGUCGAGGUGGUGCUGCGGGGCCCGCCGCUCCUGGCGCCCGUGUCGGCGGAGCUCUGCCUGCUGCCCGCUCUGGCCACGCUCCUCCCGCCUCCGCCCGGCCCCGGUGGGCCCAGCACCGGCCCCACGGAGCUCGGGCUGGGCGCACUGCCCGCCGGGCUGCGGGCGGCAGUGCGGGCCCUGGUGGGCGACCUCGACGCUCUCUUCACCUCCCUGGGCCUGCGGGAAGAGAGCUUCGCCGUGGGGGCCCUCAGCAGGGUCGUGGCAGCAGAGCUGGCGAGCUAUGCCCCAGCCAGGAACAGGAGGAGGACAGCAACCAAUAAGGCCUCCGUCGUCUUCGUGGACAGAACUUUGGACCUUGCUGGAGCAGUUGGUCAUCAUGGUGACAAUCUUGCAGAGAAGAUACUUUCUGUGCUUCCCAAGCUUCCUGGGCACAAGACGGAUGUGAUGGUUAACAUGGUGGAACUCACGGAACUGCAGACUACAGAUGAAACUUGCAGUAUUAUAGCACCUGGCUGCUUAGCACAACCAAAUGAUCCAGCUGCCAAAGCUCUCUGGGAGUCCUUCAUGAACCUCAAACAAAAGGAAGCUGUGAUGGAGGCCAGGAGACACCUUGUGGAGGCAGCGAGCAGAGAAAAUUUACCUAUUAAGAUGAGCAUGGGCAGAGUCACCCCAGAACAGCUCAGCUCAUAUAUUCAGCUUUUCAGAAAUAAUCUUAAAGCUUUGGAGAACCAUUGUGGUCUUCUACAGCUUGUACUGGCCACAGUCCAGACUUUGAAACACUCCCAGACUUCCAAAUGGGACAACUUCCUUGCCUUUGAGAGGUUACUUCUGCAGACUAUUGGCGAGUCAGAAAUGCCCAGUGUUUUGAACCAGUUACUGCCAAUGAUCAAGUCUUACAAUGAGAGGACGAAAGAUGAUUAUACCUGCGAGGACAUCCUUGUCUUGCUGGUAUACACGUAUUCUGUGGUUGGAGAAAUCAAAAGUGGAAAAGAGCUGGAUGCAGCUGAAGAAGAGAUGAAAAGGGCCUUGGUCAAGGCCAUUUGUGAUGAGCCAGAGCCUUCUCCUUUGUUGCAGAAAAUAACAGGCUGUGACUCGUCACUGAACCUGACAUCUCAGAAGGCCACAGGUGUAGUGAACGGUAUCUUUCGAUCCCUCAGGAGUAUUGCAAGAGCUCGGAUGCACAUGAAGCAGUUUAAUUCCAUACAUAAUCCAGGCAGCAACACCCUCCAGGCUUCUUACAAACCACUGCUGAAACAAGUAGUGGAAGAGAUCUGUAAUCCUGAUCGACCUGAUCCUGUUGAUAUUGAGCACAUAUCAUCAGGCCUCACCGAUCUCCUUAAAACUGGAUUCAGCAUGUUCAUGAAGGUGAAUCGCCCUCAUCCUGGUGAUCAUCCUCUUCUGAUCAUCUUCAUGGUUGGUGGAGUGACAGUCUCCGAGGUCAAAAUGGUGAAGGACCUGGUAGCAACACGCAAACCUGGUACCCAGGUAAUUGUGCUCUCCUCUGCACUCCUGACACCACAUAGUGCUAUUGAGUUGUUGUUUGCCACAGACCGUCUCCAGCCCGAUACCGAUAUCUAACAGGGAGGAUCUGUGGAGAAAAUGAGGUUGCACAGGAGGACAUAUGGGCUGUGGUGGUUUGAUGAUAACCCUGGAGGAAUCCUCCUCUCACAAAAAGAGAACGGGAAAAAAAAAAACCAAAAAGCAUGAUCCCAUCUCCAAGAGGCCACAGCGACAGAUUCUUUCUUGAGCUACAUUUCUGAACAGCAUGAUUAGAGAACAGCUUUUAUUUUUAAUUUAUGCUGGUGAAAGAGGUGCUUUCAAAUUCAGUUAUGUAAUUUUUCCUUAUGAAACUUUGAUACAAUCUGUGAUAAAAAAGCCACAGCCAAUAGAGAGCGUGAUUGUGGAGUGCACCAAGACUUCCAAAUUGCAACAUAAAAUGGAGGAGCUCUAAAGCUGCAUCCUCUUGCUUCAUCCAAGGGAUGCUAAGACUAUAGCUUACACCAAGGUGAGAAUGUGAAAUUCUAAGUGACGUACACUCUGUCAUAGCAUUCUUCAUUAUGCCAAAGGAAUAGAUUAAAUGGGAAGUAGCUUCUUAACCUUUGUUCACUAGCUAGGGUAAGUUCUUUUAAAUGUUUACAAUGGUCUUCAGAGAAGGGUGCAUUUUGAUUUAAAUUCGUUUCUGAGUAGCUAGAAGGAAACAAUGGAGGUAUUAUAAAGCAUGGACAAAGUUGCCUUUAUGGAAGAGCAGUUUAUAAGAAUGUCUAUAGAAUGGAACUUUGUGCUAUAAAACAUGAGAAAUAUUAUGAGAUUGCAAUAUUAAAAGCCCAAGAAAUUGUUUGAAGAGAGCAACUGGAAAGCAAAUAGCCAGUCUCUUGGUUUCUUUUCUCUCCUUCUGCAGUGUUUAAUCUUGGAGUAUGAAUGUUUUGUAAAUUCUGUAAUCAAUAAAGCAAUGCCCCUAUUAUGCCAAACCUCAUCUUGUCUUCUCCUCUCCUAGUAUACAGGGCUACACAUGCCAGGACUGUGUAUUCCUGUGACCUGUUUUUCUAUUUCAUUACCCCUUAGAACCUAGACCUUCUGUUUUGGGAGGUGUCCUGGAGGGUUUUGCAUGUCCUGUAGGUAGCAGA